CGAAUUUCAGGAGAUGGGACGGACAUUGUUGAAUUUGUAGCUGCUGAUAGUUGUCGAACUACAUAUGAAUUACCCUCAGUAUUCAAUCGAAAGGAAGAAAGGACUACGAAACCAUAAGCGCCGUACGACCUUACAACUGAAUCAGAAGGAACCUCCCCAAUAGAACACAACGAAGAACAUGGCGACCUCAACUUCAGCGACUACUUCCUCGGGCCCCUUGCUGCACGAGAGCAAUGUGCACCACGAUUUGGUGGACAGCUUACUCUACAUCGAGGGCAAAGCGGACCCGAAUAGCGCCGAAGCGCGACUGGUGGACGAACUCGUUGCGGAGGAAGUGCGACAGAAGGCGGCAGAACAUAGCCCCUCAAACAAUGAUACCACCAGCCACGACACGCUGGAAGCCGGCGCGAAUAUUUUCAUCCAGUCGCUGGGGAAGAGCUCUAAUCACUUGUUCACCCGUGCGGACGAGUUGCAGCUCGAGGCGGCCGGACAGUUUGUGGACGAGCCCGCGGAAAUCAGCGAUAGUAAGGGUGUCUCGCGAGACUUGUUGAAGCAGGAAUUUUACCGGAUCAUGGCGAAGCAGCAGGGCAUGCAGAAGUUGGACAACACCAAGUACCAAAAUCUCGAUGGUCCAGAUCAAUUUUCCCAGGGCACCGAAGCCGCCUGGAAGGACGCGCUGCGCAACGCCCGGCUCAUGGCCGGGUGCAACGAUUUGCGGUUGGCAAAUCUGGAGCUGUUGCUGGAGUCCGGCCCGAAAGCGGCCGCGGAAGUCAGAAAGGCAAACCAGAGCCUCGAGGGACAGCUCACGCAGGAGGUACUAAUGUUACAUAUGGUUACUUUUCAUCAUGAUAAUGAUUUCUGUGAUUUUCGGUGUCGUGAGCUACUAUCCUAGGUUUCAAUUUGAAGAUGAAAUACCAAAAGCAAAGUAGACCCGUAUUUUACCAAAAACCACACGCCCACAGGUAGCCCAACUCCGCAAAGAGGCGGAAUCGAUCAAUCAGAAGCGGAAACUGGGCCAGAUUUCGGGGCAAAGCGAGCUGAAGGACUUGCAAGUGAGUCACGACCGGUACCUGGAUGACAACCGAAAAGUGGAAGCCGCGGUGCUCGGGCUCCGAAAAGAAACGGAACGUCUCAAGCGGAUGGCGAAAAAGCGGAAAGUGCUGCCCAACGACUGGCGAGAUCCCACGAUUAACGACGCGCCCAAGCCACUACAGAGUUACGAAAUCGUCAACAGCAGCGCAGCAGAGGGCGGGGAGGCAGAAAACGGGCCUCAGGAACUAAAUAACCGACCCGCAAUUGAUCCAGAUGAUUUGUGAAGACAACAUGAUAGAGAUGAAGAAAGACGAUCAAAUGUUAUACCACACACGUUAUGACUUCUCUUUGCCCCUAGUUGUGUCACGAAAGCAUUGAACAUCAAAACUAAAUGAGG